AUGAUUUGGAAUCUCGACAGUGGCAAGGGAGAUCGAGAGUUCUUUCCCUGUCACUGCCACUCAGCAUAUCGGAAGCAAAUAUGUGACGUCGCUAUUAUCCCGCACAACUGUGAACGGUAGGGGAACCACAGGUGUAGAGCCUCAACACGCCCACACACGCCUCACAUGUAUUGAUGCUCCGGGCAGAAGGGUGGGCUUGGCGAAAUACGGCGAAAAGUUCUCCCGACCCCGGACAUAUCGAACUGACGGCAGCACCCAGGUCGAUCUGAAACUCAUCUCACUACAUGUGCCAGUUUUCCAAAUCGAUGAACUGCAUCCAUGCGAGGCUCUACAACGCAAUAUGGCUUGCAGGCCUCAGUUACUGCCAGCCAGCCGGUUCACUUCAUCUGUUCCAGGUUCAAGCCUGACCUCACUUCUCAUUCACUGCUUCGGUUGUGACAACUUACCACAGUUAGACCUGUUGCUUGAGCUCAAUAUGUCUUUUCUUAGCGAUUCAACUCUCCGCUGGUUGAGACUCUAUCCGCCAGGCCACCUCUACCUUCGCUCUUGCCCCUGAUUCCACGACGCGAAAGUCAAGAUGGCUCAUCGAGGGACUGUUCGUACUCUAGACGCAUCCGCGCCGAAACAUGUCUGGACUCCUGGCGAUCGGGAACUCUUGGGAGUUAUUCAGAGACUUUACGACAUUACAAAUAUCGAGAUAACCCAACUAUUCAACACUGUGAAUCGGACACGACUAGAGCAAGAAGGGUUUCGGAACGGCCUCAGAACGACCGCUAUCUCGUCCCAAAUUGCCGAUCUCAAGCGGACAGAUCGAGGAGGCGUUUUCCAGGAUGUACUGUCGAUGAGUGCAUCUAACGUGCGAAACAGAUUUAGCGUGCUGAUCCUUAACAUUGAGCAAGCUGCUGCGACCCUUGGCAUCGCCCUUCCUACUCGCCAUGGUGGAAGUUUUUCUGCUGUCUCUCUAACGCGGCGUUUACCGAAGGCCAGACUUGAUGAGUGGGCUACAGGAUCUGAGGCGUCAAUGUCACCUCCAGCUCGGAACCACGUCGUUGUCGAAGUCAGCGCUCCGAAGAGGAGGAGAAUCAUUGCCACUCCUUCGCCAAGCGGGUCACCAGCAUAUAUAAGCUCAAGCUUUGCCGAAAGUCAGUCACCUACGACAGUUUCGGCGUCAACUCCAGAUAUCGACUCCGACUCUACCGGAACCUGGAAAACUGACUCGGACUCUGACGGCGGAGAUGAAUAUCUUGCCAUAACCGACAAUGAUUUUCCAGCGACGGCGUCAAGGAUCAACCCUCGUCUGAAGAUAUCCUUCAAUCAUAAGCGAAGGUCUGCUCGUCAACGACCUCGCCUAUUAUUUCGGGCUUUCGAUCCUACUCACGGACUCACAGCCCGACAAUUUCUGCAUUCAUCUCAAAUUCCGACACCUUCAGCGAAGGACAGUCAGGAAUUUCGUACCAUGGCAUUCCGUCAUCUUUCCAUCGACGAAAACUUUCAGUCCCCUUUUCUUUCGUGGACGGAGAGUGCUUUUCGGUCUCUUAAGCUCAUCGCGAAAAGUGCCUUAUCGCUCUCCUUAGCCAUAAUCGACUACAAUGUCUACGAAGACGCUCAAGAAGGGAGAUUCGGCAAAGACACGGGCCUAUGGCUUGUACCCCAUCUCUGCGACAUUCACGGAUUUACCGCGCUCGAGAAACUGCAAGAAGAACCAUCCACUAUAGCUCCGAGGAAUCGGAAAGGUUAUACAGGUAUUGGCGAGUUUUUGAGCUGGGGCUCCGUUACCUGCGACACAAUUGCAAUUCUAGAUACAGAAGCAGCUAUGAAACUGUAUCAGACAAUGCACUGUAUUCAAGAGCUGUCGCACGAAUCUGGAGUGCUUGUCAGCCAGUGUCUCAAUGAUGUCCUACCAAUAUACAGAGAAGUUGUCGCGUACAAGCUAUUGAGGAACUUCGAGGUUCUAAGGCCUAGUCAAGGUCCCUCAGGUGCGAGCUACGAGACUUUCGUGGCUGGCCUCUACGGCACUGCUUUAGCCGACCAUUUCGACAUCAUUAUCGCCGAGUCCGAAUCAGGAAUGAUUACCCAGGGUGAGAUCAAUCUAUCGCAGCAGGAUCCGAUUAUUCCGUCCACCUCGAAAGGAGCAAUAACUGUCGAGAUCCCGACCAAAAUUAGCUCUUCUCCACCUGACGAAUCUUUCCGUCCCAGCGUUGAGGCAUUUUCUUCAGACCAGGGCGUCCUACAAUCACUGAUCGAUAUACAACUAUCUAUCACGGGUGAACCAUAUGGAAUCAUCAUCGAAAAAGACGAUGGUUCUUCUUCGGGCGAGCCUAAUGGAAAGAUACAGAUAACAUCCAGCCCGGCAGAACUUAUGAAACGUCACUUCGAAAAGCCUAAGGAGACCGUAUAUGUCCAGCCACAGGUCUUGCAGCUGCCUAAAGAAGAUCCCCUCCUCAAGCUCAAGCCUGAUACUCAAGACAAUUCUGGUAGGGAUACGUUUCUCUACCCUACCGACAAAGACGAUUCUAUCAUCAAAGACGAGCUCGAGGACGUUUUUAUGAAAGAACUCCUUGAGACAGCGAAGAUAUCUCCCCCGCUUCCCUCGAACGUCGACUCAAUUCCUAUGGCCAAAGAUUACUCGGAGGUGAGUUUACAGACAAUAAUCGAAGAGAAUACAGACGUCCUCGAAACCAAACCACUAAAGUCGCCGAGAAGAUCACAAAUAAAGAAGCGAUCCCUGGCUAAAAUCGACGUCUCGAAGCUCUUUGACCGCCACAAAGCGAGCCUUUCGACCCGUACCGAACAUAUCGCUUCCACCUCCGCUACGUGGCCAGCUCAUUCUGAUGUACCCAUGGCCAAUACUAGAUAUUCCGCAUCUAUAGUCGACCUCACGAAUGACGCUGGCGCUGGCGCUGACGUCCGAAGCCCGCGGCCUAAGAAACGUCAGACACUAUUUGGUCCACAGGGAAAUGCGGUCGACCUAACAACAGAUGCAGGGCAAGAGACACCGCACACCACGCCGUCAAACACACAAUCUGGCGCUCAGGAACCCAACAGCAUUGUCAAUACUAUUGGCACUAAUGAUGCUAGUCUUGAUCUGCACGAGGUCUUAGAUGUAGCGGACGACGCCGACGUGCAAUACAUCGGCUCCGCCACCGUCCAUCAUCGGCGUCGGGUGAGAACCACUACACACACUGUCCUGACGGUUCGAUCCCGGAGUGUCAGCGAGAGCUUGACAUUCGCCCCUCAACCAGGAUCGAAAUCAUAGGUCAGGCGAUUGACGGUGCAGUUUCAGAACACCUUGAUCGAACACAUGAGCAACGAAAAACUGCAACUAUUGAACGAGCUUGCAGAGGUUGAAUUGUUAUUGUGUUAUUGGAAGACAUUCCUGAUCGUGCUGGAAGACAGCACAACACCCGUCUACCGCGUCCUGUCUCAGAGAUCCAUGCAGCCUCGACAGAAUGUUACAGCAUCUCACUGUUUUUUGACGGCAAGCAUUUCUUGCAUGGAAAGCGAAAUGCAAAAGUUGGAACACACCAGGAAGAGUCCUCCGCUCAUCUGCCAGCAAAAAAGCAAGAAACAUUUCGGAGUCAGAAGCACAAUCCCCCGACUCGGGUAUGGCAGCAUUGGACAGCUAGCUGCAAGAUGAGAGACACCCAAAAAGAGCUCGGCAAGGAAGACAGAGAAAGGAAAACCUAUUCCGUCCAUGUCACCUAUUGCACCUCAACUCCAUUCCACCCGUUGCCGUUUCGAUCCACAUGGUCCCCGUAAGUGUCCGUCGCUAGUAAUCUCUCGAUGACAUAAAACAUGAUAUUCAUACAGUAUUAUCAUUACGAAGAAGAAAGCCCCAUCAUCAACCGUGAUGCCCCGAUGCUGC